AUGGCGGUGUGGAAUAUCAGGGGUUUUAAUCACCCUGAUAAGGUUUUUGCUUGUAAGAAUUUGAUUCAUUCCUUCAAACUUGAUCUGGUUUGUAUUUUGGAGAAUCAUAUCAAUGUCCAGUCGCUUCUGGAUCCUUUUUUUGAAUCUUCGCACUCUGUUUUUCCUUCCGAAUCUAGCUGCCACAAUUUCCAUCUUAACUCUUCGGGUCGCAUCUGGAUCAAAUGGAAUUCUUCUAAACUUUGCUUCAAGCCAGCUUUGAUUACUUCUCAGUUAAUCUCGGGUACCAUCUGGGUUGCUAGGCAGCCUAUUCUUCAGCUAUCUGCCGUUUAUGCUUCUAAUAAUUCUACUGAUCGUAAGGGAUUGUGGGCUGAUAUUUCAAACUCAAAUCAUGAUAAUAAGCUUCCUUGGGCUCUUAUAGGGGACUUCAACUGUUGUAGGUAUGCAUCUGAAAAACUUGGUGGAGCUCCUAUCACCAUGUCUGCUUUGAAAGAUUUCAAUGAUUUAAUUUUUUCUAAGGGUUUCAAGGAACUUAAUUAUGUCGGUUUCAAAUAUUCUUGGUAUAAUCAACGCAAUGACAAUCCCAUCCACAUAAAACUUGACCGUGUGCUUGUGAAUGACCUCUGGUUGGAGUCUUUUGCUGAAUCGUACUGUUCUUUACAAAAUCAUUCAUGCUCUGACCACUGUCCUAUUAUUUUGCACUCUGGUUUGGUUUCUCAAGUGCAUCACCGGUUUCUUUUUAAAAACUACUGGUCGAAGAUGGAUAAAUUUUGGGCUCAUCUUAUUGAUGUAUUUUCUAAACAUUCUGUUGGCAAUCCUUUAACACACUUUACUGCUUCUCUCAAACUGUUAAAAGAAUGUAUUAAAAAGGAGGCUUGGUUUUCUAUAAACGGUGUUAAAAAGUAUCUUGAUGGUUUAUUGUGUAAACAAAAGGAGUUGUUGGGUUUGCUCCAGGAUGAUCAUAACAAUAUGAGGAUUAACAUGGCUUAUAAGGAGAUAAAUGCAGAUAUUGCCAACUUCACUUCUAUUUUCAAUUCCUGGAUCAUCCAAAGGGCAAAAGUGAACUGGUUGAAAAAAAGGUGA